AUGGAUUCCAGAGCUAUGCUCGAUUCCGCUUUGUUUCAACUCACCCCUACUCGCACCAGAUUCGAUUUGGUGCUUUUCUGUGGGAGUAAGAAGGAGAAAUUGGCUUCUGGGAUCUUCGAACCCUUCAUCUCUCAUCUCAAAUUCGCUAGAGAUCAGAUCUCUAAAGGCGGUUACUCCAUUUCUCUUCAUCCUCCUACUUCUCACUCUCCUUGGUUCACCAAAUCCACUUUCGAUCGGUUUGUGAGAUUCGUAAACACGCCUGCGAUUAUCGAGAGGUUCGCGACUCUGGAGAAAGAGAUCUUGCAGAUUGAGCAUUCGAUUCAAGCUAAUGAAAUCGCCAAUGCUGCUGAUGCUGAGAGAUCACAAGACGGGAGUAAUGCUGGAGCUAGCAGUAACGUAAAGAAGUCAAAUGAGUCCUCCAAGAAAGAUUCUGAGAAUGGCAAUGAAGCUGCAGGAGAGGAAACAUCGAAGAUUCAGCUUCAACGUCUUCUUGAAACUCGAAGAACAUUGCUUCGGAGAGAGCAAGCAAUGGCCUAUGCACGAGGUGUUGUUGCGGGUUAUGAAAUCGAUAGCAUUGAUGAUCUCAUUCUAUUUGCUGAUGCUUUUGGGGCGUCAAGGUUAAGGGAAGCAUGCGUAAAGUAUAAAGAACUAUGGAAGAAGAAGCACGGAGACGGGCUUUGGAUGGCGGAGUUAGCAGCCGUGAAGGCGAUUGCUCCAUCAGACAUGUCAUUACUGGGUUCUUCAGGGAUCAUCCUCACCAAUGAAGGUGCUGCUCUAUCACUAAACGGAACAGACUCAUCUAAUGCAAGUUCUGAAAAUAAAGAUGACAAGUCGGUUAAUUUGGACCAACACGCGCCUGGUGUUCCAAAUUUUCAACCACCAAUGGGAUGGCCGAACCAUAUGCCUCAGUACUACUACCCGCCUCCGUACCAAGGCUAUCCGUACCCUCUAAUGCAACCUAUGCCAAACCAAAACCAAGGAAACAUGCCAUGGCCUUCAAAGGGCAAAGCUUCCAAGAAAAAAGGGAAAGCGGAUUCUGAUGAAGACGAGUCUAGUGGAUCAAGUGAAUCUAGCGAAUCUGACUCGGCCAGCGAUGAUUCUGCUUCGUCUUUGGAAGAUCAAGUUAAGAGACACUCUCAUAACGGUAAAAGCUCUCGUCGGUCAAAGAAAAACCGGAAGAAGAAAUCGUCUAAAACUGUUAUCAUCCGUAAUAUCAACUACAUAACACCCGAGGGAAGAAACGCAGACAUGGAGGGAAAUGAGUUUACUGAAAACGGUUCCAUCAAAGAGACUGUAGAUGCUGCGGUUGGAUUUCUCAAGGAGAAAAGAGGCCAUGAGGGAGAAGGUUCUGGUGAUGAGAUUCUGAAAAGCUCGGCUGAAGAAAAACGAGGCAAUGAGACUUGGGAUUCGUUUCAGAAUAUUUUGAUGAGGCAUGAUGAUGGCUCUGAUAUGCAUUCAAUGGAUGUCGUCGGUGAAGAGCAUUUCACCCACAGAGGAUCUAGUCUUGGUGCGAAUUCUAAUGGUUUGCAAGCGAAUAACAAUGCCUCAGAUGAAUCCAUCAUCGUAACUCAUAAACACAUAGAAAACGGAGGAGGAGCGAGCUUUGAUCAUUUUGAAAGCGAGGAUACUGCUCGUAGGGUUCCAAGAACGAGGGACUCAACGGAAGAAUGUAUGUUACUGCUCAAAAGAUCAGAUAUGUUAGGGGAUGAAAGCAAAGACUUGUAUAAUGCUACAAGAGGUGGUGACUCACUGGUGAAGAAGUCAGGGAGUGGAGAGGAUUGGUUUACUUCCGAUCAUCAUCGUGCAGGGAAACCGGAAAGCAACUUCGGGAGAAUGUCGUUUGAUGAAAGUUGCGUUUUGACAUCUGGAGGUUCUGAUCAGAGCAAGAAACAAGAGUUUGUUGAUGACUCGUUCAUGGUCCAUUCAUCAUCACUCACUACUGAUGAUCUUUAUGACUCUCGGUGGAGACCAGACAUGUCUGCAGAUAUUGCUUUGGCCUCCUCUGACAUGGAAGAAAAGCGUGAAAUGUCUGGCUCAUGGGAACCAAAUGAUCUCUGCAUGAUUCUUGAACGCAACUCAGGAGACUCGUUGGCUAAUGAUCACUCCAUCGACUUCUCUGUUGAAGCGAACGCGAGGCUCUCGAGUAACGGAACAGCUCAGGAGAAAGAAGACAAGACCAUAGUCUCAAACGGCGAGAAGAAAAGCAAUGCGAAGAACCCUGAAACUCGAAAGUCUAGAACUCCAAGUAGAACCAGAGCUGAAGCCAUGUCCAAGACCGUGAAGAAACCGACAGUAGCUAGCAGAACAAUGGCACAGAAGAACAAGUUUGAAAAGGAAGAAGAGAUGAGGAAGAGAAUAGAGAAUCUUGUUCAGGAAAGGCAGAGAAGAAUCGCUGAGAGAUCAGCCGCGACUGCAUCUCGAAAAGCUUCGAACCGAGCACCUUCAAGGGCAACGUAA